AUGCCAGAGGAUGGGCCUCCCAGCAGCGCAGCCGGCGAGGCUGCAGGACUUGGCGAAGACAACAGCCAGGUGGAGGCCUUCAGCAAGUUCCUCGCGGAGGUGCAGACCAAGAUGGACCGGCACCAGCGCGAGUUGCUGCAGCGGCUGAACUUCCAAGAUGAGGUGCUGUCCCUUCUGCUGGUGGCGAAACCUGAGCAGAGGGCAAUGGCGGAGACGGAGAUCUACUAUCAGGAGCAGAGGCAGCCUCCAGAACCGGAGAGCCUGCCCGUGGAUCCUCCGAAGUAUGGCUCCAAGGUAGCGUCACGGCAAGAGUCCUUGGAUGCAGCAGUGCUCGAAGCACCACCCGCAGCCGUGGUGGAGGACAUGAACCUCGACCUGAUCGAAACGCCGCAUUCCCGACAGGUAAGUCGAGACAGCGGGAUUCGCAAGGAAGCGGCGAUGAUCGACGUGCAGCAACAGCUUGACAGAGUUGGUGCAUCCAAGCCAAGGCUUUUCCGCACGCAAAGUGAGAAGGAGGAGGCCAUGAAGCGUGCUGCUUCAGCACGGGAAGGGACGCUGGAAAUCGACCUCGAAGGGGCGCCCGAGGACGAGGCCAAUGACUCCGAUAUCUGUCCUUCGCAAACCCGGCGGAGUAUCCGGAAUGCCUCUCCUCUAAACUGGGAAGAGAUGAGCUGGAGAGAAAAGAUGCAGCGCGUGGUUCAGUCGAUGCCCUUCGAAGUCUUUUUCUCGGUCUGCAUCGUGGCGAAUGCGGUGGAGCUGGGCGUCGAUGUGCAGAUGUUCGCACACAACCCAGGUCACUCCGCGAUCGAGAUGGAGGUCAUUGGCUACAUCUUCACAGCGCUGUUUUCGGUGGAGCUUUUCCUGAGAAUGGCCGCUUAUGGCAAGCAGUUCUUCCUAGACAAGAACCUGGCUUGGAACAUCAUGGAUCUUAUCAUUGUCGGCAGCGCUUUCGUAGAAAUUAUCGUGCAGAUGUCUCUGAGCAUCCUCAACCAGGACACUCCGCCCGGGGUGUCUACGUUGACGAACAUGCGUGUGCUGCGGAUCAUCAGAAUCACAAGACUGGUUCGAUUGACGCGCAUCGCGCGAAUCACCCGCUUCAUCAAGGCGCUGCGGACAUUGGUGAGUUCGAUCGUCUUUACGCUCAAAUCUCUGGUUUGGGCAUUGGUGCUACUGUCGUUGAUCAUCUAUGGGUUUGGCAUUGUCUUCACGCAAGCAUCAACCCUCUACCUCAUGGAUUAUCACCUUGGCGACGGUGCUUUGGACGACUCGGAUCCGAUCCUGGUUGCCAUCAAUGAGUACUGGAAAGAUCUCCCUGCCUCCAUGCUCACGUUGUUUAUGGCAAUAUGCGGCGGCGUCAGUUGGGAGAAUGCAUUGAGACCGAUGAGUGUUGUCUCGGAGUGGUGUGCUUUCCUCUUCCUGUUCUAUAUAAGUUUUUGUUAUUUCGCUGUGCUAAAUGUGGUGACAGGCGUUUUUUGCCAAAGUGCUAUAGAGAGCGCCCAAAGCGACCAUGAGAUGAUCAUGCAGAACAUCAUUCACAACAAGGAAGCUCACAUACGGAAGGUAAGAUCCCUCUUCUCCAAUCUGGAUGCCGAUGAGUCGGGUUACAUCAGCUUGGUGGAGUUGGAGGAGAACAUGCACAAGAAGUCGGUCCAGACCUACUUCGAGGCCUUGGAGUUGGACGUGUCUGACGCGUGGACCUUCUUCAAGUUGCUUGACACUGAUGGUGGCGCUGCCAUAGAGAUUGAGGAGUUCCUGUUGGGAUGCCUCCGACUGCGGGGCCCUGCAAGAGCACUCGACCUGGCGAAGAUGCAGCAUGAUCAUCAAUGGCUGUCCAAGACCAUCGGUGCCUUCAUGGCCCACGUGGAGGUGUCACUGCGAAAGCUUGAAGCAGGGCUGCUCAAGCUGUGCGAACUGCAGUUCGACUCCCAAUUCGACGGGUCGAGUCAAGUACCCUCUGUGCCGUCCCGGGCAAAGUCACAGGGCUCCCACAAGCCGCUGGGUGUGCCUCCGCUUGUCAUCCACAAGGCUCAUGAAACAGAGCAGCUGCAUUCGCCAGCAUUCGCGGAUGCUGCUGUACCAGCUGCACCACAGGCACAUCGACACCACUCAAUCUGUGCACAUUGUCGAAGAUAG